CGCGCACUCCGGUCGCUGCUCCUCCGACUGCCGAGAUUUCCACAUCUCCACCCAUUUUUCUCGGCUGGAAAAUGCAAAUUACGAGCGAACGAAAGUGUUGUCGCCGACCGAAGAAUAGGAACGUGACCGAGUCAUUGGGAAAAUAAGCAGAAUUUGUACUUUGAUUGCGGGGUUAGCGAAGAAAGUUUCCGCCGAUGUUAAAGCCUUGCCUGGCAAUUUAUAAUCUCUCGAGUGUAAAGUGAUUUGGCAGUGAAUAAUUUCAAAAGGAAAAGCAGAACAAAGUAAGCUAAUUAAUGAGCCGGCUACAAUGAGAGAUGAUUAGACGAGUGACGAUAGCCCCCCCAUCGCAACACGCCAUGCAACACCUCGCGUUGCUGCUGCUGCCUUCGUCCCUAUGCAAAGUGUGAGGAGUGCGCGGCGCUAAAAUGUUGAAAAUUAGCGUUCAUUGCGCUUAAACGGAUUGCAUUCACCGCUAAUUGCAUACAAAUUAAAAAAACACUAGCCAAAAAAUACAACAAAACAAAGCAACACCAAAAAACAAUAAAGAAAGAAAACCAAACAAUAAAAAAAAGACAAACAAUUCGCGGAGAGUGAAAAAGAAGUGAAGUGCAAACAGCGAUUUGCAUCGCCACCGCGGCAUUCCGCGUGUGCUUACCACUUCCCAAGCCCCCUCUAGCCUGGGAGGAGGAGCAUGGUCACCUGCAAGGUGGACUCCCAAUCCGCGGUGGCCGUUCCCAAAAUGAAUGCGGCAAGGUCUCGUGGCAAGCCCGCCGGCGGCAGUCACAGCAAUAGCCACUCUUCCGGCUUUCGGCUCCUGGACGGCGAUCAGCUCGAAAAUAAUUCGAGUGUCAGCCGAAAUUCGAUCUACAAACUCAAGAUCGAUCUCAUGUUCGACGAUUCCAGAUCCAUGCGAAGCAGCCGCCUCGACGAUCCCCGUGGAUCGCAUCGCACCCGCUCCAUCAUCAUGUAUGGGCGCAGUGAGUUGGCCAGCACCAGCGGUGAUACUCCGCGCUCCCUGAGCAGCUUCCUGCAGGACAAUGGGCAGUCGGCCAAGGUGCUGGCCGAGGCGGCCAAGAAGGAUGUGCAGCGGAUCAGCAACAGCGUGCAGGCCCAGAUAGAGCAGCUGUUCACGGAUGUGGCCAAGGAUGCCACCAGCAGCUUCGAGGUCACCUGCCUGGGAGCGCUGCCAUUAAAAGAUAAAGUGACCAGCCUGCAGGGUCUGCAAGAGCCACUGCGUCAACUGUAUCUCAGCGAGGUGACCAAGAAGAAACUCAACUCUGGAUCGCUGGAUAUCUGUGCCACCGGACUGCGGGUGAAGAUCAGCACCCUCUCCAUAGCGAGUGGAGCGGAUGGUUCGGAGGAGGGCGAGGCUCUCAUCACACCCUUCCACAACAUUGCUGUGUGGUCGGCGGUGAAGUUCGUCAUCUCGGACGACGAUGGUGGCGCGGCCUUUCUGCCCCUGAUCACCGAUCCGGAGAACAUAGACAAGACUGCCCUGUUCCAGCCAUUGAGCUCCAGUGAGCAAAUGGCUGUGGAGCACAGCAUCCAUGUGCAUGCACCCAUCUUUGCAGUGGUCAUGCGUUCGGCUAGCUCGCCCAAGGUGCUCGAGUGCCAUGGUUUCAUCUGCAAGAGCACCGAGGAUGCCAUCGUGAUUGCAGCCACGCUCUACCAGAGUCUGAUGGCCCAUGUGAGCACCAGUUCGCGGCGAAAUACCCAAAGGAGAGCGCCCCGCCAGCAAAAUGGUGUCAGCUGCAUCAGCAUUGCGAGCAGCUCGGCCCUGGCCAGCUCCAACUACCUGUCCCGCUCCCAGAUUGUGCCCAGUGCCAACGGAAGGCGUAGCUCCUUCCGGGGCAGCACCAGCGUGGCAGGAACUCCCUCCCGCUCCGGACGAAAGAAGCGGAUAUCGAGUAGUUCCUUGAGCUCUCACAGUAAUGUCAUCAACGAGGCCGCCGAGCUAGAGACCUCCACAGAGGAACGCCGUCGCAAGUCUCACAAAUCGAAGCGAGCUCCACCAGUACCGACGACGGUGCCCGGCUCAGGGAGUCACCGGAACGGUGGAGGAGGCACUCCCUCCCGCAGUGGCAGCAUUGUGUGCGGCAAUGGUCACGUGACCCGUCUGCAUCAGAGCGCCCAUUCCAGCAAGAAAUCUUCUACGGGUCCAGACCUUUCCUCGAGCGUGGACGUGGCGCCAGCCAAUGGAGACAUACUCACACGAGUGGCCAUACCCAGAUCCGGAAGCUUCCUCAACACCGGUGGACUGACUCGCUACAAGUCGCGGGCGGCGAGGCGCCACUCCGGCAAACUGGGCGGCGGCGGUGGAGGCGGAGGAGGUUCCCCACUUGGUUUCAGCGAGCUGUUUAACGAAUUCCGCCUGCACGAGAACCUGCACUCGCUGGACGACAUCCUCUACGCCAUUAUCGAUGCCGACGGCAUGUCCUUCAACGAUCUGAAGCCCAUCUACAAGGAGUUCCUGCUCAAGCUGGCCGUGACCCUCACCCAGGACGAGCUCUUUCAGCGCUCCAAGAACAUAAUGCGGCGACAGAAGAAAAAGAAGCAGAAACGCAAAGCCAGUGUCAAUGGAUCGCAGAAGAAGUCAAAGACUAGCUUCUUUGGCACCAAGAGCCUCAAGAAGGUCUUCCAGCUGGGCCAGUUCCGUUCCUGCCGGGGAAAGCUCGCCAAGCCAGCGGUGAAGCCCAAGGAGGGCAGCAUAGACAAACGCAAAAUUAGUCCACCAAUCAUCAUUGGCCCACCCAUCAGCCAUGCCCAGCAGCAGCAUCAAAGAAACAGAGCGGCAACCAGUGGCUCGGAUGUCUCUGUGGUGAGGAACGAGCAUACCCAGGGACUCAAUCGAAACAGCAGCAGCGGAUAUGUGUCUUGUUCGGAGUGCAGCUACGACUCCGAGUCCUGUGCCUGUGCCUCGGCCGAUCGCUGCUAUUGUAGCCUGCGCACCGAGCAUCUGAACCACAAACUGCGCCAGAAGAACGAGCGCAACAUGGCCUUGGCGUCGCCCACCCGAAAGCCAUCAGCAAAUCAAAGUGGAGCCGGAACUACGGCCACCAAUCGGCACUCGCUGAUCUCUUGCCGUUCAGACGACAAGUGCUACUGCUCCAUGGUGGAGGAGGAGCCAGCCAGCUCCCUGGAACGAGACUCAGCUAACAACACGCACACGGACACGACCACGUCCUGCGAUUCGGACAGCUGCGUGAGCGCCAGCAAGUGCUACUGCAAGCGCACCCAGCGCCGACAGCGUUCCUCGGCAGCGGCGGCCAUCAGCGAGGACUCCUUAUCCCAACAGCAGCGCAAGUCCCGGCCAGGAGGGGCAAGUGGAGCUCCAAGGAAAGGCAAGCCCUCAGAGAAACUGGGCCUGGACUACGAGCUCUUUAAUAUCAGCGGAAGUGGGCAGCCAGUGCAACCGCACGAGGCUCUCAGCGUGAAGAAGAGCGUGGAGGCGGCUGCUGUGUUCGCCGACAUGAAGCUCAGCCAGACGACGGACAUCAAGAGUCUGUGCCCGCCAAAGGGGGCGGCAACAGCGGGACUGGGAUCUAGGUUGGGCAAUGGCAGCUGUCGAUCGCAAGUCUCCUCCAGAAGGUCCUCAUACCGUACCCGAGAGUCCUUCAGCACCGAUCGCUUGGGUGGGGGUAUGCCACUGGUCAUGCCGCUGGGCAAAAGCAUAGGCUUGGCAGGAGGCGGUAGCGCUGAUAAUCUGCUGGCCAACCUUAAGGCCAUGGAAGCUAAGGCAGCCUCCAUACGCAGCAGCGCCAGCAGGAGCCGCAUGGGCAGUUAUCAGUCAAUGCGGGCAGUGAGCGCCUCCCUGGAGGACUCGCUGGGUUACUUGCCAUAGACGUGGAUCCGGAAUAGUUACGAUGUACAUAGCACAUAAGCCAACAUACUCAUAUAUAUACUAUACUAUAUAUUACAUAAUAAUCUCUUAACGGCUUAUGUUUCCCAAGACAAUUAUCGCCAUUAAUCCGACAGCGAAUCAAUUCUCUUGCGAAACGUAAUCAUUUUUAGCAAUAAGUACCUCCUAUAGAACAUCCAGUGUGACUUAAUCUCUAAGAUCUAAUCCAUAGAAACGCGAGGUGCAAUAUGAAGACCAACCAUUGGGAGGACAAGAUUCCUUGAUUUUCAAAGCAGUGCAAUAUUUAUAAAUAUUAUUUAAUAUUAUUUAAAAUAAAAUAAAAAACAUUUUUAUAUCAAUUAAA